CCUUUGGGUCCUGGCUGCCCUGUGCAUGCUGCUGCUUUGCCAAACUCUGUUACCUCCGCCUGUACCCGCUCCGCCGCAAGCUAUUCCAGGUUAUGAAAACCGGUCUGGCAUACAUGCAAACUUCAGUCCCCUGGCCAGCAGUACCUAGGGAGACGACUCUGCUAUGACCCCACACACAAUUCAGGAUGUUGAUAGAUGGCCUUGGGUUAUGCGUUUGAUUGGAUUGUAACAGUCGAGGUUAUCCCUGUGAAUCACGAGGCAUUGUUUUUGCUGCUAUCAUAAUCACUGAUUGAGCAAGUGCAGUAAGUGAUUGGAAAAGGCAGCUACUCUUACAUAAUCAUCACAGUUGCCAUGGUGCAGGUGAGAGAGGUCAUGGGGCCAUGGGCAGCUCCAGGGUUGGGGUCAUUCUCUUCAGAUUUCGUCAUGUUCUCUCUGCUCUUCCUCCUCCUCUCCAUCAUCCUCGCCCUCUGCACUAACUGUAGAAGGCAUUCCUUUACGCUCCGGGAUGGUGGUGAGGAGAUGGACAGAACCCAGUCACAGCUGGUCAGAGUGGUGAAGCUAGAGGAUGCCCUGGCCGCCAGGGAGAACCCAAUGAUCAAUGACAUCAGAAAAGAUGAGAGUGAUUUCAGUCCCAGACCUGAGGACAGUGUCAUUGGUGUCCCAGAGCAGCCUCCUGCUGAUCAGGAUGUCACCUGGUUGAAACCCUGGAGGAGCUACAGGGAGCCACCUGAUCAAGGUGAUUCUCCAAGUGCCUUGCAGAUUGCCAACAGAACCCCCCUGGCCAUGACGGUUAUAUCUCCUUCGCUUCCCACAACCGUCGACAUUGGUGACCUGAGUGAUGUCCUGAACUUUACACCUGAGCUCCACUUUAUCCCAGCCCCCGUUGCCAUGUUGGAAGUUGACACCCCCCUUGAAUCUUUGUCCCCACCUGUCUAUUCAGAGGACACCCUAGAUGCCACCAUCGUGAGCAGCUUUGAACCUGUUGCUGUCCCCAUCCUUGAACUUGUGGAAGCCCCCAUCGUGGAUCUCCCCAUCGUGGAUCUCCCCAUCAUGGAUGUCACCAUUGUGAACAGCCUUGAACCUCUGCAAGCCCCAAUCGUGGAUGCACCCAUCGUGAGCAGCCUUGAACCUGUUGAACAUGCGGAUGCCACUGUCAUUAAUGACCUUGAUAUCCUGAAUGCUCCAGUUGGCUUAGAGAACCUGGAUGCCCCAGUCAUCAACAAUCUUGACACACUGGUGCUGGAUGCCCUCAUUGUAAACAGCCUUGAACCUGUGGACAUCCCUGUCAUCAAUGACCUUGGCACUCCAGAUCCCCCAAUCGUAAAUAUUCUUUACACCCUGGAGCUGGAUGCUCCCAUCAUAGAUGUCCCCAUCAUGGACAGCCUUGCACCUGUGGAAUUCCCCACCAUGAAUGACAUUGACCUCCUGGAGGCCCCUGCGGAGUUCAGCUCCAGCUUUAACCCUCAGCUUGAAGUAGAGGUUCAUGUGGAGGGUGAGGGCCAGAACCAGGGGCUUUCUCUCUAUGUCCGACCCCAGCAUACCUAUGAGGUCAUUGGGGAGCCCAAUCCUAAUGAACACUCUGUGGAAGUGGACCUGGCAACAGCAAGCUCUCAAACCAUAGCUGAACUGGUCAAUAAAUCCACCACACAUUCUGACAAUGACACAACCACAGUCACUGAGCCAGCGGACCUGGCAAGCCCCGGCUAUGAGACUAUAGCUGAACUGGUCCAGGAUUCGAGUGCAACCACACUGCCUGAUGAUGACCCUAUCACAACCACAGUCACAGAGCCAGGGGAUCUGAUAACCCCUGACUAUGAAACCAUAGCUGAACUGGUCCAUAAAUUGAGCGCAACCACACUGCCUGAUGAUGAGCCAAUAACAACCACAGUCACAGAGCCAGAAGGGCUUGACCUUACAAGCCCUCUCUCAUUGGUAGAGGAGGGUUUCUGUGACAGGGGGUGGAAUCCAAUGUACGCUAGAGUGAGAAGGACGCUUAGUAAAAGUACCACCCCACCCCCUGUGCUUCCAUCGGAGGAUGAGGAACUGGAUGGAUUUUCACCUCCAUUACCAGAGAGAAGUGGAGAGAUGGAGGGAUGAUCAUCGUGAAUAUCUCAUAAGACUUCAAAUGUGUGUUACGUCAUCAAUUAUAUUUAUAUAGACUCAGCUGUGUCAUUUCUAGAUGUAACAUGUCUCAGAUGAUGAAGAUAAGGGUUGUACCCAGUCCACAUCUUAAACGAUCUCAUAUGAGACAGGUAUCUCACUGUCCUAUCCUUCAUACUAUUUCCAGUCCUUUCAUUAGCUUAGCAUUAAACACUGUACAAUGCUAUGCUACAUAUUCCAUAAGGAAGGACCCUAAGCCCAGAGUAGAACUGGGUCACCUAACAUGUUCCAGAGUAGGCAUUAUGUUAGUAAAUACAAACACAUUACAGGGUGAAGUGGCAAUUACGCAGUAAUAAACCAUUGAGUUACUAGUUUAUUUUAGAUUCAUUCAAAAGGGUCCACUUAAGACUCUUUCCCUCUCUAGAAUUACAAACCUUAUACUUUAAUGACAAUAGUGGUGCAUUCUUAAUAAAUAAUUAAUGUAUGUCAACAAAGUAAAUGGACAACAUUAUGGGCGUGUCCCAAUACCCAUACUUAAAUAGAAGGCUUUUUGGGUAUGCAAAAAUGUGUUGUGUGUCAUUUCGAAAAUGUAGUAUGAUUUAAGUGCAAGGAUGUCAUACUAAUUUUGGCUUUAAAUCCAUUAGAAUUUGCGUGUAGAGAAUGACGAAGGACUCCAGUGGCCAAAAACGUGUUUUAUCAUGGACAUUGAGGACUUUCACCAUUUUGAAGUAGUUAACUGGGUGGGAUAUAUAUAUCAUAUAAUUCCAUCCAGGUCCAAGGAUGGAUCAGCCAAUGAAUUAUACUUGUGCGCAAACAUUCCAUAACUGUUGUGGCAGUAAAUCGCCAACCUUGGCUUUAUACCUGUUUAGACAACACACUCCGGAUGGCAGUAUGCAACCGUGGUUUGUUUACCAACUGUACUAAAAUGUACUACUUUAAAAUGGAGAUGCCUCAAUGGUGCCAUAAUGGGACAGAUACAAUGUUGUGUCCUAUAACUAUCUCUAUGAAUUUGCUGCACACAAUUGAGGAAGAUAAUUGUCUUUUCACACAAGUAUUUGACAACAGCUGAUAAUCAGAAUAGGGGACAUGCUCUACAAAAAUGUACAAAUAGCAGGGAACAAGUGCAUUUGAGCAUUCGAUGACACCUUUUCAGUAUGGCUGAGUGGUAUGUUGAUAUUUGUUGCUUACUGCAUACAUUUCUACUAAACAGUACAUUGUAAAUAGUAUGUUGUAAUAUUAGUACACAGUAUGUAGUUUUAGUAAAUAGUGGGCAAGUAGGCAUUUCCAUUUAUUUAUUCAAAGCUUUACAGGCGAGGGGUAAAACCAAUCAUUUAGAAUUCAUGUACAAUAUAAAACAAAUAUAAAUUCAGUGUUGUAAAAUGUAUAUUGUCAUUAUUAGAGCAUAUAGGCUGAGCAGAAUGAAAUACAAGAGGACAGAUGAAAUACACCAUUACAAUACCACA